GACGCGCUGGGUUCACUCUGUGGCUGAGUAGGACAUAGCAGCGAGGCGGCCGGGCGGGGACCGGGCCCGGGGAUGUCGGUAAAUAUGGAGGACCUGCGGCACCAGGUUAUGAUUAACCAGUUUGUGCUGGCGGCAGGGUGCGCGGCGGAUCAGGCCAAGCAACUACUGCAGGCGGCACACUGGCAGUUUGAGACAGCUCUCAGCACAUUUUUCCAGGAAUCCAAUGUACCCAGUGCUCAGCAUCAUCCGCACAUGAUGUGCACACCGAGUAACACACCCGCCACUCCGCCCAACUUCCCUGAUGCUCUGGCCAUGUUCUCUAAGCUGCGUACCUCUGAGAGCUUGCAGAAUAGCAACAGUCCAGCCGCCUCCAAUGCUUGUUCUCCUCCAGGCAACUUCAACCCCUAUUGGGCCUCCUCACCACCCAGCCAACAGCCUGUUUGGCUUCCUCCAGCCUCUCCUACCACACACCUUCAUCAUCACCACCAUCAUCCACAACCAGCAUGGCCUCCCAACUCCCAGGCUGCAGGGGGCCCCCAGAAAGCCAUGACUGCCAUGGAUGGGCAGAGAUAAGACUAAGCUUGAGUGCACUGAAGAGGGUGGGAAGCUGUGAUGAGUGGCUCCCUUCUCUUUACUUUCCUUCUAUUAAGUUUUAUGAACUGACUUUUUUUUCUGGUCUGUUUUAUUUUAUAAAUAAGAGGUUCUGAUUUUUCACCAAGAACAGAGAAAGUAGAAGGAGGUGGUAAGAAUUGUGAGCUCCUCCGCAUCAUUUUUUAAUAUAUAAUUAUAAUAUAUAAAGAUUUCAAUUUAUGGCAGGUGCUGGAGGAGCGGCAUGGAGCAUGCAAAGACAUGUUAAUAAAUACGUAACCUGUUCUGAACCUAGAAGGGACACCUUUAACUGUUUAACAGAUGGAAAGAAAUUUAGUGAUUGUUCCUCCUGUCCACCACUCUUCCUCAAUCUGUGAUAUAACAGAAUAUUUUAAUCUAGUCUUUUUAAAUGAUUUAGAACCACAUUGUGUCAAUCUGUUUAUUGCUGGAUGGUCAGCAGAAGACGACAUUGACUGGAUCCGUGGAUCUACUAUGGGUAAUUUUAGGAUGCCUGCACAGAAGAUAGUAGUUUGACUGUGACUGAGAGUUGGUGCUUGGUAAAAAGUUUUUACUGAUAGACACCAUUCAUCCUAGUGCUUCGUCUGGCAUCAGAGCAAUACCAGCUUCAUCAAUAACUAAGUUUGUUAUCCACUUACAAUACCUCAAAUUGGCACUUCUGGAAUGGCUUGGUCUUUAUGGGCAUAUGGAAUUAAAAAAAAAAAAAAAAAGAGCUAAAGUGGCAUCCCAAGUUUUGUUUUUUUUCACAGGGGUUAAAAAAAAAAAAUUUCAGUACCAUCCUGCAGUUUUCAUGUUACGAAGGAUGAAAGGAACUAUAUGUGAAGCUGUACCUAGAUGUGGAAGAAUACAAGUCCUUCAGUUGGUCAUUUUUUAAAAAUUCUAAAAAACUAAAAUAAAGGAGGCAUCCUAUGGAUAUUUGAGACCUUUUGUCCACUUUUGCUUCCUUGCCCAGCUGGGCAAUAAAUAGUUUGUUCUUCUCCCAGAGCAAAAAACAUAAACCUAGAAAAACAAAUCGCCAGAUGACAUCCAUGGUAAUCAUUUUAUUUGACCCAAGGUGUAAAUUGCCUUUCUGCAGCUCCUCUGUUGUCACGUGUACAGUGUGUGCUGGUACAAUAUUAUAAACAUCUCCAGCAUUUAAGGGAGCUUAUUCACCAAAUAGGUGUUUGCUCAAUAACAUUUAAAGUGGCAGUAUGAAAAUGUAAAAUAUUCAUGUUUGGUAAUAUUAUGGAAUAACUAAAGUUCUUUUUUUUUUUUUUUUUUGUAUAUUCUUUUCACCAGACCUAGGUGUUGGGCGGUGUGAUAUGCAAUUACUGUCAAUAAAGGGGGAAUGGCUAAAUGCAUUCCUUUACUGGCUAGGUAUGUGGCACUGCUUGGAAUGUAAGAGGACUGGCACAGGGGGUUCCAUAUCUAUAUCAGGUUUCUUAUACAAAAUAUAUUAUAUUACACUUCCAUUUUAGUAAGUGUAUCGGUUAAUUAAUAUGGUUUAUACUUACUAUGGGCAGAAGCAGAAUAAGUUUAAAAGGGCUACCAGUAAUAUUGACAGAUAAAUGUGAAAUUAUUAGAUGUUUUGCUGAAAAUAUUCAUAUUAAGGUUAACCACUUGCCCUAUUCUAACUGUCCAAAUUAAAUCAAAUAUAAAAAUCAGUCUGGUAAUGAGAACUAUUAACUGUAUUUUUGUGAUGUGGCAUGUUUCUCCCUGUUGAAUCUGGACAAUUCUAAGAGAUUAUGGUGUGUCUCCGAUUCUCACAUCUGUGUAUGUUGUGUCAACUGACAUAUUGUGCUGACCAAUGUCCAACUUCUAACACCCUCUCAUCUAAUAAUUUGAUAAUUCAGAAUGGGCUGAUGUAGCUAGAAAGCAGUCCUGUUAUCACAGAUUCUUGCUUGGGGUACCAAAUAGCAUUUUGCUAAGGACCCAGUCAGUGUGUACUCAGUGCUGUGAUAGCACAUGAGGUCAUAUUUGAUAUUUAGAAUAAAUCAGACUACCAUCAUUCAUCAAAUUAUUACCUGUGCUGGUAGCUUUAACAGUGUUUCCACUCAAAAAUGCCAUUAAAAAAAUUAAAGCGUUUGCCUUAUAAAAAUGUAUUCUGUUAGGAAUCGCAAUUUACUGAAAAUUGAUGUUUGAAUUAGUGGCACUUGGAAGACAGUAGACCUGCUGCUGCAACUGCCAUAAUACUGGAGAUGCUUUAAACUGAUUUGAGGAAAGUUAUUCCACGGAUUUGUAUUCUACAUAAUUGUUGGUAUAUGGUUCCUCUGCGCUAUCUGCCACAGCGGUCUCAGCCCUAUUGACUGUGAAAGUCAUUUCAAGCCUUCCACUUUUCCCUAUACUUCUUAAAUUAACGAACAGUAUUCCUGUAUCUGGCAGAGGCUUGGUUCAAAGCAUUUUAUUUAUUUUUCUCCCCGGGGCAUAGCUGAGUAAGUGUAUUCCACCACUGGGUGGCGCUGUUUUUAAUGGUGGAUAUUAUUUUUUUUAUUUCUGUAAUGUAAGGAAAUGCUAGUGUUUUACUAAGGAGUAUGUGACCGAUUAAACAUGUAUUUAAAAAUAAUAAUAAUAAGAUCGAAUGGGAGACUUGUCAUAAACUAGUUUAAACUGCUUGCGUUCAUUAUCUCCCAAGUGUGGAGGUAGCCAUGUUGUAGACUGAUCGAUAUUUGCGAGAACUGUAGUGUAUUAUUUUUGUGUCAAUCUGUGGUAUCACUGAGGAGCCUCGUUACGAAUCGCAAUCAGGUUCUAGUUCCUGGAGUAUUUCUAGGUUGUAGUCUUAUGAUGGCUGCUUCCACUCUGUGGGACUGCAUAUUGUAAGCACCCUUUCCCACCCCUCCUGCCUGCACUGACAAAUUCUUGAUGACUUAGGCAGUAUGGUAGUAAGUGUGUAAUACAUUUAUGCGCAUCUGUGGGCUGCGGAUGACCGGAAAGCACUCCCUAGGACUAUGCUUUUGUUAUUGUGAUACAGCAAAAGCAGAUGCCAAAAACACCAUUAUUUUGUGUAAACAUGAGACUGAGGCAUUUUUUUUAUGGGACGUCUCACCAAGUAAAGCCACUUGACUGCAGGUAGUUAAUUAAUAGCUGGUGUUGUGAGCAUGCCGGACUUGUUGCAUUCUUCUAUUACAAAAACAUCUAUCAUAAGCAUUUUCAGUUCUACUAAUCCCAAAUGAGUGAAUGUAGUGCAGUGACCUUGCUGAGACGUUUUAAAAAAAACAAACAAAAGGGACUUUAUAUUCCUCAGUUGUAAGUGGGAAAUCAGGAAUGUGACCAACAAUUCUGCCUAUCCAUAUAGUGGUUUAGGGUCUGUACCUUCAUCUACCUCUGCUGUAAUGUGCUUGUGCUGGAUGGGUGCUGUAACUGGAACACUAGACUUGUUUUAUUUACUAGCAAUUGGUCAUUGUUACAGAUCAGUUUCUUUUGGUGUCUGUUUUGUUCUUUUUAGAUUUUUUUUUUUUUUUUUAAGAUAGGUCGAUCUAUCUCCUCUCUUUGCAAAGUAUAGUCUAUAAGCAGGUCUCCUCUUUGCCUGUUACUUUCUGUUGUCCAUAUCCACAAAUAAUUUAGUACUUACACCAUGUCCUGUAAGACAGUGCCCCCAAGCUAUUGAAUUGUAAAUGUAUAAGAUUGACAGUUGACCUUUUGGGAGGAGCGGAGGAUAUUCUGGAAUAGGUGAAGACUGUGCAUGAAUGGUUUCCUCUUUAUUGCACAGUUUGGGUCUGCAUGCAUUGGAAUACAAAGGGAAACUACGGUGAGUGUACAUUUUAAAUAUGAUGCAAUUUCUCUGUGUGACUGGUAAGAACAUGGGAAUAUCUAGCUUACUAGAUUUCUGAACAAAUGACACCAAUGUUCAUCUGAUCAGUCUAAUGAGAUUACUAAAAUGUUAUCCGUGUUUACAAGCUCAUUAUAACAUAUAUGCUGGCUAUAGUUCAGAAAGAGGCUUUGCUUUUUGUAAUAGGCUGUUCAUAGAUGGAACUAAGCAUGUAAAACCACUUGGCCCUAACAGAAUUGCAUAAAAAAAUGCUUCUUGUUUCAGCAUUAUAUCUUCAGUACAUCUGCUAGAAAUUACAGCAUCAAGUAGUGCUACUACUUUAUCUGAUUAGACAAACCAAUAUUUUAUAUAGAACGGUCAGUGGCCAUACUGCCUAAAGUGAGUCCUCUAAACAAUAGCUGUUGGCUUCAGAGUUCUAGAAUCUGAUAAGUAGUUACCUGUUAAUACAGUCUGAGCUACCAACUUUGCGUAACAGACCUUUUAUACAUAAAAAUGGAGGACUGGAAAGAGUUUCACUUUUACAUCUGGUAUAAACAUCAGCAGUAACAUACAGAAAAAAAAUGAAUUACUGCAUUUAGGUCAUGCAAGACGUGAAAGUGUAUUGUAUCAUGCAGUCAUGUCUGUGACUGGGUGCUCAAUGUAUUUUUGUUUGUUUUUUUACAAUAGACUCUGAUGGCCAUAGUCUGAGAAGCCAUUUUAUUGCUUGAGUGGUGAAAGCUCAUGUGACAGCUGAAAAAUGAGGCCAAGUCAGUCCUCUGCAGUAGCAUUGUGAGUUUGACUUUGAAUAUAAUAUAGAACACUGGUAAUCGUUGAAAAUCUAGUAUGCAAGGUGUGUUAUAAACCUUAUUAAUGUGGGUUUGCGUGCCCUUCUGAUUAAAGGGGUUUGUAUGCACAAUCACAGGCAACUAAAGGGUUUGGGGGAGGCGCCUAGCUCCUGCUUUCCCUCACAAGUGGGUAUGUUUAAACCCAAGUUCUGAGGAGUAUUCUUUUUAUUUUUUAUUUAAAGAGAAAAAUAAUAAAUACUUUUUUAACCCAA